UCAUUGGUAUUUAUAAGAAAAUGUUAAUGUAGGCAGAGAAAGUGAGACAGACAGAGAGAGUUAGAGAGUGCGACAGAGGCAUAAAUGUCUGACGAAGACUAAAAAGCAUUUUAUGUGCAGCCUGUCAGAGCAGAGGCCAUUCUUAAACAUACCCAUUACUCUUUUUUUAGGGUCCUUCGUUGCUAAGGGCCCGCUUUGUCUUUAGGCACACCCUCUUAUUGCUAUGGUCACCCAUUUUUACUACACCAAAACUGUAAAUACUGCCAAAUCUGAGAGAACAGACAAAGAUAGAAAGGGGAAGACUGAACAAAACAGAAUCACAGGCAGUCAGUGGUAUUUUCUGAAAAUAGACAUUGACAGGAGCCAGUUGUCGGAUCCACAAUGCUGAGGGGAAAUUUUAAUUUUGGAUCAUGUCCUGAGGACAAAAUUCUGAACAUGCUGCAAGUUAUAAUCCAAAGACUAGAUGAACUAUUACAUUCAGAGAGAACCAGCAACACAGAGGCACCUGGCUCAACGUUUACCCAAGCUUUUGUGCAUCCUCCUGGGCAUGGAGAUUCAGCAACAGCUCUUAGGAAAGUUCUCCAUCUUUUUAAGGAGUGGAGUGUGCAACACAAACACAGAGUAGGCUCUUUGAGAGAAAUACUAAGCACAACAGUACACAUGUUCCUGGAGCAAGACAUGCAUGCAAAUCAUGGAAACAUGCUCCCAAAGAGAGAGUCUCAAGCAAAACACCUGGGAACCUCCAAAGAAGGUAAUUUUCACAACCAUGUCUACAUCAGUGAUCUGAUUCAAAGUGUUUUGGGAGACGUGUACAGCAUUGAGAAGACGCUGUUGAUGAUCACAAAUAAAUUGGAUAGUGCGCUCAGCAUCAUUUCUGGAGCAAAACUGCAAAAUACCGUUGCUGAGACAACAAGGGACGAUCUUGUGAUUCAUGAUCUCAUGACUCAUUCAAAGGACAGGCUAAUCCUUCCACAGAUAUUUUUUAAAGAGCAGUGUGACCCUGAAAAUACUGGCCAAGAGUGCACCUCAAAUGUUUUGCCCCUUUUUGGUAUUCAGAAAUGGGUCCUUCAAAGCAAUCCGACAUGUCCUUUAAGGCAUACCCUAGCAGAGACCCAUGCUGCGUUUGAGAGAAAGACUAGCCCACAUGAACUGUUAAAUGAAUGCCCAACUGACCUUGAAAGACGAGAAGAGGACAGCAUUCUGAAGAGCCCUAGAAAUUAUGUCCUUGGACCUUUUGGAGAGGAUGCUGGAGAGGUGAAAAAAGAACCCUUAAAGGAGGAUGAUGUAUACAAGAAGGCAGAGAUACCCAGCACAGUGAUUAUGGAUGAAUGCAUAAGCUGGACACACGAAUGUAUUACAGUGGGUUUGACUGAUUCAGACAGAUCCUCCAAAGUCCUGUGCUAUAUAACCGCCCCCCUGGAUGUCACAAAGGUCAUCACAUGUAAGGCAGUUGACAGCCUCAGCUCUCUCAUGGUGUCCGGGUCAGAGGAGCUGGUCAGCAGUGUGUUUAAACUUGAUAACUUCAGCGGCACAAAGUGUCCUUUCCCGCUUACUGUAGCUGUGCCUUUUCAGGCUUGUUACCGCCUGAAUUACCGUGAGGUUGUGGUGAAAGUGGUGGACCAAGAGAAGAGGAUCAGUUAUGUCACCCCGACAGCCACUGAGGGCAUCUAUGGAGGCUGCAGGGGUACAUUCACAGUGGUGAGGGUGUACACUCUUGGUGUUUUUGCAGUCUUAUCACGUUUACAGAGGGAGACAUUCACAAUCCCAAAGAGAGGUCUGUGUCUCAAACUGAGUGUGGACUCCAGGAUAUGCCUAGACUAUCCACCAGGAUCUUUCAACACACCGGUAGUGGCUCAAGCAAUGGUGCAGCCUGUAGAUGCUAUGCUCUUGUCUACACUGAAGUGCAGAAAUGAUUCCUGUAACCCAAUUCUCACCACUAGCCCACUACUGUAUCUGAAUCACCCUUUAACUGUAAGCCCUCUACAACCUUUGACACUAACACUUCCCUGUCCUCCUGAACCUAAAAAGAUGAAUACAGGAGAGGAGAAAAGCUACACUUACUCUGAUUGCACAGCUCUAAUGCCUGACAAAAUCUUAUCACAUCAGGUCAGGGAUUUAAGUGCUUCAGUAAAGGCAACCAAAAGGCUGACUAAAGAUCAGCUGGUUGUCCUCGGGUGGAAAAGAAAGUACUGGAUUGUUCUGGAUAAAGUCUCUGUGAAGAAGCUGCAGACUGACCUUGUUUCUUUUGAGGUCUUGGAAAACUAUGAACGGCUUAUAGUUUUUCGUCUGUUCUCAUCUGUAAGACCUUCUUGCUUGGUGUUAUUAGCUGAGGAGCUGCAGGACUUGUUAAGAACCUGUACAGUAUCCAUAGCCAUCCACAAAAGGCAGGAGGACCCCAGUAGUGUGAUUCUGGCUGUUCUGCCCAGUAGAGAUCUGAACUGGGGGCUGGCUGAGCUCCAUACCCAGGCUUACUGUGAGUCUGCAGAGCAAUCUGCUGAGAUACUGAUAAGGGAAGGGGAGCAGCUCCUGAUAAAAUUCAGCGGGAACAUUUGCAGCACAGGUGACCAGUGCACAAAGCCUCGAACCAUUACAUUUCACAUUCAGAGGAGGAAUUGGCUGUGUUUGCAGCUGAAGGAAAUGGAUUCAUUUGGAAACUAUAGUUCACCUUAUUACAAAGGCAUGGCUCUACUGUUCCAUAUCCCCAAAGAUCAGUUGGUUUGGAAGGAAGACAAAGCAGUAAUAUCAGAAGAAUAUUGCUUAGGACCACCGGUCUGUAAGCUGCCACUCACUCUUCCAAAGACAGUGAAAACCCUAUCUCGGCCAAUCAGUGCAAAAUUCUUGCAGCAUGAUCAGGCAGAGCCCCUCUGUGAUGAGCUGCUAGCCUGGCUCUGUAGUGAGCUGUCUGAAGAAGAUGCAUCCCUGCUGGUCAUGUGCCUUCGCCUGCGCCGCUCAUCUGUCCAGCUGGCCCGUCUCAGAGCCCCGAACAGCCUCACACUGCAGAUUUUCAACAUCCUGACCACAUGGAGACAAGCACUGCCUUCCAUCACACCAAAAUGCCCUUUGCUUGCCCACUGUCUGACCCGAAUCGGCAGACCAGAGCUGGCUGCAGAACUGCUAAGAAAAGGGUGUGCAGUGGAAAGGAGUGAGAUGAGAAGCACAGAAACAAUAUGAACAUGAAAUCGAAAAUGUAAUUAUUUUAUCAACUUUCACGAUGGGAAAUUUUUAUUCAUUCUGUUCAUUUUUAAUAAAAGAGUUGUUAAGCUUGACACAAAUAAAUGCAACAUUGUAAAUAGGAUAUUUAAAUAUGGGUUUGUGUUGCUAUGAGAGAAAAUAAAAAACUGAUCAAAUUUCCCAACACAUU